UACAACGAAAGAGAAGGAAAAAGAAAAUAAAGGAUUAUUGUAUAAAAUAUUCUCCCCGUUAACAAAGAUAAAAGAAAAUUUAUUCCAAUCAAACCCUUCAGAAAAGGACCUGCUCCUUAAGGUAUUAGCGACAAUGACUGACAUUGUUGGAUUCAGGAAGGAUUCUGCAAUAAACCAUCCACAAAAUGAACAUUUGGAAGAGAUAGUAACAGAGAUGGCGCCACUUGUAAGAACACAUUCUCAAGAGCAAACUAAAGAGAGUUCAGAAAAAGUUUUUAUGGAGAAGAUGUUUAGCGAUGAAGAACCAAAAUGGGUAAACAAAGGCCCUUUCAAAGGAAGAUAUGUAAAAAUGAAGGAAAAGGAAGCUGAUUUUUGGAGAUCCUUCGUUGACAGAUACUUAAAACCUUUAGAAAGAGACCCUGCAAAAGAAGACAAAGUAAAGGAACAAUUGAGGGAGUUGAGAAAUAAUGUUUGUGGAGGGAUGGCUCUUGUUAACCUACUUUGGAUUGCUGUGAACUUCAUGUUUCAGUUACGGAGUCCUGCAGUGGUUACUUUUAAACUCCCAAUAAACAGUGAGGAUGACGAAGUCGAGAAUUACGAGAUGAGAAUCGAAUUUCUGGGUCUGCUGUUUAUUGGGUUUUUCCUUAUCAUUCUUAUGAUACAGUUUUGCGGCAUGGUUAUGCACAGAUGGGGUACAUUUUUGCAUCUUGUUGCCAUCACAGAACUUCCAAAUCCUUUCAAAAGACAAAUGAAACCAGAUCUUCAUUCCAAUAUUUUUGAAACUUAUGAGCUCGCAAAAGAGGAAAAUCAGGAAAUGCAAGAAAUUCCAGAAUAUGAUAGACAGGAGGAGGAAAACGAAUAUUUGAGACAAAUUGAACAUCUACAAGAAACAGGAACAAGAUAUUAUUCAGACGCAUCUUCAGAUGAAACCACUUCACCUGAGUCAAAACGAAAGUCCACUGACUACAAACCAAUCAACACUCGUGAAUUAUACCAUCAGUACAGACAAAACACUUUACAUCGAAUUAGAACAAAUGACGAGCGAACAAGAUACCGAAGAAACGAAAGAUAUGGACAUCAAAGAUCCGUAUUUAGUGAAGUAACAAAUUAUAAUCAGCAAUAUGACUACAGUCGUAACAGAUGGACAGGUAGAAGGACAAGCAAUUCAAAUCAAGGAGGUCAGGACAACUGUGAACGAAGAAGUAGGGAUUACCAUUUAAGAGGGGGAAUAAUGGGAAGAACUCUUUCGAGAUCACUACUGAAGUAUCAGAACGAAUACGAAGACAAGAGAUUACAUGUGCAAUAACAAAUACGCGCGUUCUCUCAUUCUGCAUUCUUUUUCUACCAAAUACUUUAUAUUGGCGAUGUUGCUUUUACAAAUAAAAAACUGUUGUGCAUGAAAUUAUACCAGACGGACAAAAGAUAAGAAGAUAUGGAGAAUAAUUAUUUUUUUUCCAUUUUUCUAUUUUAUUUUAUACAGCAGUGU